AUGGGUGUGUUUAUCAACAACGCUGACGAUUUCUCUUCUUUUCACCCGAUCGGACCUGCCCGGGACCCCGCUGGAACUUGUCUGGGACCUACUCGGUUGGGUCCCGGUCAGCUCCAGAUAAGUUGCGUCUUAGUAAUUAUACGAACUCAUUCUUCUCCUUUUAUCCAACAUCAUCCCCUGUGCCAUGAUGAUGAUAGCUCUGCCUUGUUGCAAUUCAAGGAAAGCUUUCUCAUCAAUAAAUCUUCAUCUGGUUAUCCUUUGGAUGAUGAGUCUGCUUGUCAAAAGUUUGCAUCUUGGAAACUAGAAUUAAGAGAGAAAAGUGAUUGCUGCUCAUGGGAUGGGGUGGAGUGCGAUGAGGACACAGUGUAUGGCAAUGAAGGUCUCACCGGUUAUUUGCCUAGCUUUACAUGGAGUAGUCCGCUUGAGAGAUUGAAGCUCUCAUUCACGAGUUUUUCCGGUGUUCUACCCGCUUCCAUGGGAAACCUUGGCUUUUUGACUACUUUGCUCAUGUCUGAUUGCAAUUUCUCGGGGUCUAUUCCAUCUUCACUUGGUAGCCUCACUAAACUCGUUACUCUUUAUCUUUCAUCCAACGCUUUUGUGGGUAACGUCCCAACUUCACUUGGAAACCUUGUUCAACUCUUUGAUUUAGACAUUUCCAACAAUCAAUUGACAGGUCCAGUCCCUUCUAGUAUUGGAUCACUUCCUAUUCCACCAGUCUCCACUUUGCAUUUUUAUAUUUCCAACAACUCAUUGAACGGAAAUAUACCAUUUUCUUUUUGCAAUCUGAGUUCUCUUCAAGUCCUUGAUUUGGCUAAUAACAACUUAAGUGGAUCAAUUCCUCGAUGCUUAGACAACUUUGGAGCUUUUCUAUCAGUACUUGAUCUAUUCAACGGUCUAAUGGGGACACCUCAAACUUAUUUUAAUUUCCCCAACUUGCGAAUCCUUGACAUCUCCUACAAUAAUUUUAUGGGAAAGCUGCCAUCUAGACUUUUUGAAAUUUGGAAGGCUAAAAAUUUUGAGAAUGUGCAUUCAGUAACAUAUAUUUUUGAAGAAUCAGGCUUCCAAAUUGUUAGAGGUAUAGAGGAAAACUAUUUGCGUUUGGCUUAUGCUUACUCUAUGAUGAUGAAAAACAAAGGCAAGGAUUUGUUCUAUGAGAAGGUCCAAGAAUUGUUCAUAGCCAUUGAUUUCUCAAGUAACAUAUUUGUCGGUGAGAUUCCGGAAUUUGUUGGAAAUUUAAAAGGAGCUCAGUUGCUCAAUCUUUCUAAUAAUGCUCUUAUCGGUCACAUCCCAUCGUCUUUAAAAAACCUUGUUGAGAUGGAGUCAUUGGACCUUUCUCAGAACAAAUUUUCAGGGGAUAUUUCACAACAAUUAACAUAA